UAAUGUAACACGAUGUCGUUCUCGUGUCAUUUAUCCUCCUGUUUCCACGCUGGUACUUUUAUUAUUUCACAUUUAUCACGGUGUAGAAACGGACAAUAAAUUGUAAGUUAUUAACAUAUGAAUGCGAGAUUUCCAUCUUGAAUUAGUAAUUUUUCUGAUCUUCAAUUCUGAGGUGGACACUGUUAAAUAAAUCAAAAUGAAGAUUAAACGGCAAAAGCAAGCCAAGAAAACAAUAAGCUUCCAUAAAUUCAACUUCAGUUUUCGGGAGCCUUUUCAAAUUCUCAUCGAUGGGACAUUCUGUCAAGCAGCAUUAAGAAACAAGAUUCAGAUUAAAGAGCAAAUGCCAAAGUAUUUAAUGGGAGAAGUGCAACUUUGUACAACGAAUUGCGCAAUGAAGGAACUGGAAUCACUCGGCAAAGAGCUUUACGGAGCCAAACUCAUACUGCAACGGUUUCAGGUCCGAAACUGCAAGCACUUCAAGAACCCAGUGCCAGCUUCAGAGUGCCUGCUGUCCAUGCUGGAAGGGGCCAAUCAUCACCAUUACUUUGUUGCCACCCAGGACCGUGCAGUAACAGAAGGCUUAAAGAAGAUCCCAGGUGUACCUCUCCUCUAUAUUAUCCUCAACACUAUAGUGCUUGACAAGCCCAGCCAGGCAUCCCUAAACCACGUCCAGGCUGUGCAGCUUGGGGAGUUGGUCACCCCUGCCCAGCAGCAGAGCAUCCGCAGCCUGAAGGAGGAAGUGGGCAUCGGGCAGGAUGGGGAGCGGCGUGGCAAGAAGAGGAAGAGGAAAAUUGUGAACCCUAACCCUCUCAGCUGCCUGAAGAAGAAGAGGAAGAAGCUGCCCACACAGCCGCUGAAUAAGAGGAAGACGGAGGGCGAGGAGAAGAAACGCACCAGGAAUCGUAGACGCAAGUCAGCCGGAGGGGAGGGGUUAUCAGUUAACCCUGUUCCAAAUCCUUAGUGGCCUGGACAGUCAAAUAAGUCAAAAAACUAUUUUUUACUUCACAGUUGUGUGUGUGAACAAGCCACAGAAAUACAUUUUAUGCUGUUGUGAACCCCCUGUUCUGCAAAAUAUGCUUCAUGUUCACUAGAAUGAAAAUGUGUGAAGCUGUUCAAAUAAACAUGACAUCAGUAUCUACCUGGAGAAGUGUUAGAUGGUUUCCUCCCUUUCAUUUGAAAUCCUUAGAUUAUUGCUGUUAAACCCAUGUGAAUUUAAAGUAUUGUACCUUUAAACGUGCAGCAGUGAUUUUUCACAUUGAAAAGUAUUUUGACAGUAAUCCAUUGGAACGAAAAGAGAGCCUAUGAGAGCAAGUCAGAAAUGUAACCAAUUCUUAAUAAAGAUCUGAGUCAGUAGCAUCUCUGUAAGCUAAUGUAAAAUUCUCAUGUUUUUUGUCUGUAUGUUAAGUCACGUUGGGUUCUGACAUUGUCAUUUUUAACCAGCAGGGUGUAGUGUUGCACUUACAUCCAAGUCAUGUUGGUCCCAGAUUGAUCUCUGGUGAUGAUGCAUCCUGAGCAAAAAAAUAAAUAGGGUUUCAGCAACAACAACAAAACUGAAGACAUUUCCCAAAACCGUCUUUAUUCUUCAGAGCCCAUUCACAUUAAGUGCAAACAUAUUCAUGAGGACCAAAGUAUCAGUAAAUGAUCUCUGCAAGUGCAACUUCUUAUUUUUCCAGGGUACCCAAGCUAUAGCACCUUCUAAACAUGAAAUAUGGGCAAUGCUCUGGCAUGAAAGCCAUGCGCAA